ACAAGCAUUUAAUAGUCAUACACUUACAUUUACACAUUUAAAGUAAAAAUUGUGGCACUUGCUUUGCAUAGAAGCUAGUUGUAUAUAUUAAAUACAUAUCAGAGACAUAUUUUCAUCGCAAAAGACCAAUUUUGCAAUGCAUAAUUAUGGAAAUACUUUUGUGCGUGGACCUUCGCCUUCAUACACUGAUGAUGCACCGUCGGAGAAUGGUAUGUCAGCCACUCUUCCUUUGGAAACGGAUCUACACAUACAGCCCGAUGUUGAUAGCUGCAUAGAAAAGAAGUUUCAUUGCGCCUAUGAUGCUGGUAAUAGUGGUACUAUUAAAAAAGGCCGUAAAACGUUUGCCUUUUGGACAAUCUUCUUUAUACUGUUAGUACUUACUAUAGGCAAUCUCAUACUCAUGCUCACAAUAUUUGGUGUGAUGCAUCUCGGUCGAGGUAUUAAUGGUCUGGAGAUAAUACCCGAACACGAUUUGAUUAAGUUUUACGGAUACACCGAUUUGGAUCGUGUAUACAGUAAACAAAACGGUCGCAUUGAAGGGUUUAUUGAUGAUCCUCUUACAAUUACCGGUGAUGAUGGUGUCUAUGUGCGACUCCAUAAGAAUGGUCAGGCUUAUAAUCGCUUGACUUUGGAUAAAUCAGGCAUACAGUUUCAAGCGGUUAACAAUUUCGAAGUGAGAGAUUCAACCAGCGGCGAUACUAUCAUUACAUCCCAUCGUCCACACUACAAUAUUCCAGCUGGUGCCGAAAGUUUAUUGGCAAAAACGGUAAGCGCUAGUCGCAUAGCAAGUCCCAUCGGUAGUUCAUUAAAUAUGGAUGCAGAUGUUGGCGUUUCAUUUAAAGGAUCUGAGGGAAUCUCAUUAGAUGCUGCCAAUGUGCUUAUACAGUCACUCUCCUACGAUAUGACCGUUAAUUCAACCGAAGGAUUAAUAAUUUUGGAGGCUGGUGACGGGAUCUAUUUGGAUAUGGAUAAAAUACCAAUCGUCAGCUCUGAAUUCGGACUGCGUACUGGGAGUAUUCAAUAUAAGAUAUGUGUUUGCAUGCCGAAGGGUAACCUUUUUCGAAUACCAGUCCCCAGAAUACGUAGUGGACCUAAAGUAACAUGUGCCCAUUUUAAUGUAAAACAUGAUCCGUGUGUUUAAAUUUAGUCAUUGCAUAACAUUCAGAGUGUAAUGCAUGAAGAAAAUAGUUAAAACCUUACAUAUCUUUAUUACUCAUAUAAAAAAGGUAAAAAUAUCAAACGUUAAUAUUAUCCACAAUAAAAUAGAAAUGAAAAAUA